AUGGCCGCGUCUUCACCUCCGUCCCUCUUCCACAUCCCGACUAGCCGUCUGCCUUCAGUAACGACCGGACAUGGCAUCACUCGCCGACGGCGGGCGUCCUCUGCGCGAAGCCAGGAGGUCACCAGCAAUGGGUCAUCCAACGGCCAUGUCCUGCAGACCAUCGAUGAGCAAAGGCGCUACAAACGAAAGAACACACCCUCUGUUUUACACCGUUGUAAGCAGAUCGCCAGCAGACACACCUGGACCGUUCCUCUUGCUCCGAUGUUAGCCAUUCUCUUCUUAUACGCAAUCAACCCAACGGAGUCCAACGUUUUCCAUCAUUUUAUAUUCCUUUCCUACAAAGAACAACAACCCUCGGAUUCUACCAAACCCCCUCAAUAUGGCAAGGGACUCUGGGAUAUCGCGUUUGUCUCGUUCUAUACCAUCGUCUUGUCCGUUGCGCGCGAGUUUAUCAUGCAAGAGCUAUUACGGCCGUUAGCAAGUUUCUGCGGCCUCAAAGCGUUGGGAAAGAAGCUACGGUUCAUGGAGCAGACGUACACAGCCAUAUAUUUUGGGAUUAUUGGACCCGCGGGCCUGUAUGUUAUGAGCCAGACACCAGUCUGGUACUUUAACACCCGCGGGAUGUAUGAGUUCUCUCCACACAAAACCCACGAGGCCGCCUUCAAGUUUUACUACUUGUUCCAGGCCGCGUAUUGGGCGCAACAGGCCAUCGUUAUGCUAUUGGGAAUGGAGAAGAGACGUAAGGACUUCAGGGAGCUGGUGACGCAUCAUAUCGUCACCCUCGUCCUUAUUGCUCUAAGUUAUCGGUUCCACUUCACCUACGUCGGGAUCGCGGUUUAUAUAACCCACGAUAUCAGUGAUUUUUUUCUUGCUACAUCUAAAUCUCUGAAUUACAUCGACAGCCCUCUGGUAGGGCUCUUCGUCAGCGCCACGAUUGGCAUGUGGAUAUACUUACGCAACUACUUAAACCUGCGCAUCAUAUUUUCACUCUUCAACGAGUUUGAUAACAUUGGCCCCACCGAACUCAACUGGGCAGAAGGACAGUUCAAAUGCAUUUACUCCAAGAUGAUCUUCCUCGUCCUGUUGGUUGCACUCCAGAGCCUCAACCUUUUCUGGCUCUUUUUGCUUUUGCGCAUCGCGUACCGGUUCGUCGUGCAUAACGUCGCCAAAGACGAGAGGUCCGACGAGGAAUCGGAAGCUGAGGAGCCGAAGCUCGAGGAGACCAAGGUCUUCGAGGCACCUGCUGCGUUAGCCGGUAACGAAUUUGUCAAUGGUAGUACGAACGGCGUGACUAGGGCCACCGACGACCGUGCUACCGAGCCGUCUACCAGCAGAAAAACAGCUUCAUAG